AUGCAAGAGAAUGCUUCAGAUUACGAAAGCAAAGACAUCCGAGCCAGUUUCAUAGUUGACAAGAUGAUUUUGAAAUGGUUUUUGUAUCGCUUAAUCAAAGAUCUACAUCAACAAUGGUACAGCAUUAGGCUUCAAAUAAAAUUACUUGCAUUAGAAGCACACUUGGGGCUGUUUCGAGAAGCAAAAGAAAGAUCUCCACCGGCAGAGAGAAAUGAAAAACUUGCUGCAUAA